AUGUCCACCACAAACACGACCCUCUACUUCGCCUACGGCUCAAACCUCUCCCCGACCCAGAUGACAGACCGCUGCCCCUCCUCCCCGCCCCUCGGCCUCGCCCACCUCCCAGGUUACACCUUCAUAAUCAGCACCCGCCGCUACGCCAACGUCGUCCAGAACCCGACCACCUCGGCCCCGGGUUCGGACGACCCGGGCGUCUACGGCGUCCUCUACGCCCUCGACCCCGACGACGAAGCCGUCCUCGACGGCUACGAGGGAGUUCCAGAUGCCUAUACCAAAGAGUACAUGCUCGUCGACGUGCUGGAGGCCAGCCUCCCCGAGCCCGCCCUCGGAGGCAACAGUGCACCGAAGACCGCCGCUGGCCCGGUGCUCAGGAAGACGAAGUCGGUUAACGCCCUCGUCUACAUCGACCGCCUCCGGACCGAACACUCGCAGCCCUGGCCGGAGUACGUCUUCCGCAUGAACCGCGGCGUCCAGGAAGCCGCCGCCCAAUUCGGACUCCCGGCGGCGUACGUCGAGGAUGUCAUCCGGAAGUGGAUCCCGGCCCCGGAGACCCCACCGGUCGACGCGGCGGCGGCCGCCGAGGAGGAUCCGGGUCUUGUCUGA